GGCAUGUGACUUGGUGUAAGACUGUGGUGGAUAGGGAUAGGGUGGACCUGUCACCACUAAACCCUGGCAAGCCAGAACCAGAAGGCCUGUGGGUGCUAACAGAAGUGAAGGAAUCUUCCUUCACCCACUGGUGCCGACCUCCAGGCCCUUGUCACACCGAGGAUGGUAAUGGGCUGGAAGUAUAAGUGAGGAGAAGAGGGUAGAACAGCCGAUGGCUGAUGUCCUUGAUCCCGGGGUGACCACCAGAUACCUAUUUACCACGAUGUAAACUGGGGUACUUCACAUUCACUGGGCUACUGGUUAAUGCAUAUUCCAGGACAUUUUGGUGAACUCCGUCAUCCUGACCUAGCCUCACACUUGGGCUGAGCAGCGCUAUGACUUCAGGUAGAGGAGGCAGGACUUCCAGCCACCCGUGCAUGUGAACACCUUUGGCCAGAGCAGCUGAGCCCCAGAUACGCAGCGGCAGACCAGCCUGCAGGCCGCCCUGUGGCCCAUGAACCCCAUGAACCCCAUGAAGCCUGCCCUGCCCCCCGCGCCACAUGGUGAUGGUUCAUUCGCAUAUGAGUCUGUGCCUUGGCAACAAAGCGCCACUCAGCCAGCUGGGUCGCUGUCUGUGGUCACUACGGUGUGGGGAGUCGGCAACGCGACCCAGAGCCAGGUUUUGGGAAAUCCCAUGGGCCCUGCAGGGAGCCCCCCCAGUGGCUCCAUGAUGCCUGGCGUGGCAGGUGGCAGUUCUGCCUUGACCUCCCCGCAGUGCCUGGGGCAGCAGGCGUUUGCUGAAGGUGGCAGCAGCAAGGGCUAUGUGCAGCAAGGCGUGUAUGGCCGCGGGGGGUACCCCGGGGGGCCCGGCUUUACUACAGGAUAUGCAGGCGGCCCUGGGGGCCUGGGCCUCCCCACACACGCAGCACGACCCUCCACUGACUUCACGCAAGCCGCUGCUGCUGCUGCCGGGGCCGGGGCCGCAGCCACCGCCACAGCCACUGCCACGGCCACUGUUGCUGCCCUGCAGGAGAAGCAGAGCCAGGAGCUGAGCCAGUACGGAGCGAUGGGGGCUGGGCAGCCUUUCAACAGCCAGUUUCUACAGCAUGGAGGUCCCCGUGGGCCCAGCGUGCCCCCUGGCAUGAGUCCCACAGGCUUGGGAGGAGUGAUGGGUCCUUCCGGCCUCUCUCCCCUGGCCAUGAACCCUACCCGGGCAGCAGGCGUGCCGCCUUUGUACACAGGGCAGCGCCUGCCCCAGCAUGGCUACCCCGGGCCCCCCCAGGCCCAGCCACUGCCCCGACAGGGGCUCAAACGAGCCUACUCUGAGGUGUACCCCGGGCAGCAGUACCUGCAAGGAGGCCAGUACACGCCCAGCACUGCCCAGUACGCGCCCGGCCCAGGGCAGCCCCCUGCCCCUUCCCCCUCCUACCCUGGGCACAGGCUGCCCCUGCAGCAGGGCAUGGGUCAGCCCCUGUCCACACCCGGUCCCGCAGGACUACACUAUAAGCCCACAGAACAGUUCAAGGGGCAGGGUGCCAGCUUCAAGGUGAGCAGUGUCAGUGACAGCCAGCGUGGCCUCGGGUGCAGGCCUGCUCGUUCCAUCCCUGGCUACCCCAGCUCCCCACUGCCAGGGAACCCCACGCCACCCAUGACCCCCAGCAGCAGCGUUCCCUACAUGUCCCCUGGCCAGGAAGUCAAGUCUCCCUUCCUGCCUGACCUCAAGCCCAGCCUCAGCUCCCUGCACCCGUCGCCCUCUGGAAGCGGCCCGUGUGACGAGCUGCGGCUGACCUUCCCAGUGCGGGAUGGGGUGGUCCUGGAGCCCUUCCGCCUGCAGCACAACCUGGCUGUGAGCAAUCACGUCUUCCAGCUCCGGGACUCUGUCUACAAGACCUUGAUGCUUAGGCCCGACCUGGAGCUGCAGUUCAAGUGCUACCACCAUGAGGACCGGCAGAUGAACACCAACUGGCCUGCCUCAGUGCAGGUCAGUGUCAAUGCCACACCCCUCACCAUCGAGCGUGGCGACAACAAGACCUCGCACAAGCCGCUCUACCUGAAGCACGUGUGCCAGCCGGGCCGCAACACCAUCCAGAUCACCGUCACCGCCUGCUGCUGUUCCCACCUCUUCGUGCUGCAGCUGGUGCACCGCCCUUCUGUGCGCUCUGUGCUGCAGGGCCUCCUCAAGAAGCGCCUCCUGCCGGCUGAGCACUGCAUCACCAAGAUAAAGCGGAACUUCAGCAGCGGCACCAUCCCUGGGACCCCUGGGCCCAAUGGAGAAGAUGGGGUGGAGCAGACAGCCAUCAAGGUGUCCCUGAAGUGCCCUAUCACCUUCCGCAGGAUCCAGCUUCCCGCCCGUGGUCAUGACUGUCGCCACAUACAGUGCUUCGACCUGGAGUCAUACCUACAGCUCAACUGUGAGCGAGGGACUUGGAGGUGCCCAGUGUGCAACAAGACGGCAUUGCUGGAAGGCCUGGAGGUGGACCAGUACAUGCUGGGCAUCUUGAUUUACAUCCAGAACUCCGACUAUGAGGAGAUCACCAUCGACCCCACAUGCAGCUGGAAGCCAGUGCCCGUGAAGCCGGAUGUGCACAUCAAGGAGGAGCCAGACGGGCCAGCGCUGAAACGCUGCCGCACCGUGAGCCCCGCCCACGUGCUCAUGCCCAGCGUGAUGGAGAUGAUCGCCGCCCUGGGCCCAGGCGCUGCCCCCUUUGCCCCCUUGCAGCCCCCCUCAGCCCCUGUCCCCAGCGACUACCCUGGCCAGGGUUCCAGCUUCCUGGGUCCUGGAACCUUCCCUGAGUCUUUCCCGCCUGCCACACCCAGCACCCCAACCCUUGCGGAGUUCAACCCAGGGCCGCCCCCCAUCUCCUACCAGUCUGACAUUCCCAGCAGCCUCCUGACUCCAGAGAAGCCUGCUUCCUGCCUACCAGGCCAGAUGGGACCCAUGGGCCACCUGGACUCAGCCCACAACCCUGGGCCACCAGGGCUGCAUACUCCCCAGCUGCACCAUCCAACCCCUCCUCCAACAUCCCGGCAGCCCCUGGGCCAGGCAGCUCCUGGCUCUGUCAGCGAGCUGGCCUUCAACCCUUCCGCAGGCGUGAUGGGCCCGCCCAGCAUGUCUGGGGCAGGGGAGGCCCCUGAGCCAGCUCUGGACCUGCUCCCAGAAUUGACCAACCCUGACGAGCUGCUGUCCUACCUGGGCCCACCCGACCUCCCCACCAACAGCAAUGACGACCUGCUCUCUCUCUUUGAGAACAACUGACCCUGUGUGGACCCUGCCCACCCGGCGGGGACAGGCUCACAGAUAUCACCACAGCCCAGCCCCACAGUGUGCUGGGGCCUCCCUGAUCCUACCCCAGGCACGGGCCUGGACCGCAGCCCACCCUGAACUUGAAGUGGCUCUGCUCUGUGCUCACGGAGGGGCUUAGCCACAGCCCUCGCCUCCCCUCUGUGAGUGCCACAGAACGGUUCCGCUGAGGUGCGCCUGCCCGCCCUGCCCUGCCCAGCCAUGUCCCCUGCCCUCAUGGCCUCGCAGCUCGUCCUCACACCUGCCUGCUCCACCCGCCUGCAUCUUGUCCAGCCUUGGCCCUUCUGUUUUGACUCCUCCUCCUCAACCACAGAAAGCCGGCCCUGGCUCCCACUGUCCCUGUGCCCAGCAGCCCCAGGCUGAGCGCUGGCCUUUAGGGGCUGGGUCGAGACCCUCUCCCCACCCUGACUCCAGGCGAGGCUGGGGUGGGUGCGACAAAGCACAAUGAUGUACAUAGCGUAGGAACACUACCAGCGGGGGCACCUUUUGAGCCAGCUGCCCCCUGGCCUGCCAUCACCGGUUCCCUGCACUCUGCACCUUCUUGGUACAGGUAGCUCAGGGUGGACCAGCUGGGGCAGGCCAGCAAGUUGCCUGUGUGGGCCCUGGGUCUGGCUCAGCGUUGCCGAUUUCCGGCGGCUGCCCUCCCGAGUCCCCUUCCCCUUGGAAGUGAAGAGUUCGUGCAGCUGUGUUUUCAAACCGCCUCUCCUGUCCUCACCUGGUGGCCCAGACCUGGGGGAGGGAAAGCCCCUGGCUCCACCAGCCCAGGGUCCACACUGGGCAGCAUACCUGGGCCUGUCGUGUCUCCUGUCUUUGCCCAUCUCUAUUAAAAGACUCCCUCUUGGUGGGCCUGGCUGAAUCCCUCCUUCCCCUUGGGGGCUGUGGUCUCCGCAGGAAGCCAGUCACCCACCUGGAGGCUGGGCCUCUGCCAGUAAAGCCUGACUGGCCUUAGGCCCACGGCAUAUGCGGGAUGUUCCUAGACCAGACUCAGCUAUUCCCGCCCAGUGGUAAAUUUCCUCUUCCCUGGAAUUUUCCAAGUUGGCUUCAGCUGUAGAGCUAUUUUGUGAAGUGUCCCUUGCCUGUCCAGGGAGACAUUUGCCACCCUGUCACCUUCCCUGGGUAUGCCCUAGGGCAGGAGCCAGUUGUCUGCUGGGCAGUCCUAGCCUAACCAGAGGUCACUUGCCCUGGGCUCUGUCUCCAGAGGGUACAGAGGUGUGUCCUGGCUGCCAUCUGCCCGCCCAACUUUUCCUUCCUGUCCAUGGAAGAAGCAGAAAUGCUGAGGGACAAGAAAUGGCUAAGGAGGGCAGCCCACACCUCAGCCAGCCACAAAGACUGCCCUGUGCCCUCUGGAGGAGUCCCUGGAAGUCCAGGGCGAAAGGGAGAGUCUGAGAAGGGCAGGGCACCGGGGCUGGAAAUGCAAGUGCACCUUGUCUGACCCCUUACAGAGCCUCUGCUCUCCGCUUCUCUGGCCAAGAGGAGAAAAGAAAAAAAAACAGUAUAUACUCUCCAGUGUUGGGGGCCAAGAGGAAGCAGACCAGGCAAAUCCCUCUUGGCCACAGCCCACCCUGGGAGUGUGGGGACGGUGCCCUUUAAUAGCUAUGGGUUCUGAUGCAAUGCUCCCGGUACUACCACAAGCCUAGGUGCUCUGGUGGAGUGGAAGCCAGAGAAUGGGUGAGCAGGACUGCAAACUGCCCAGGAACCUAUUCUCAGGAAGGUGCUGAGAAGGCUGUGCCAGAAUGUUCCAGAGCAAGAAAUGGGGACCCCAACUCUGUUCCCCACCACAACAUAGAAUAGCAUGGAUGAAAAGCAAGGUGUAGACCAUCAUGGAGUAGAACGUCAUUUUUAUAAAGCUCUAAACCACAUAUGUGUUGUCUGAGAUUCACAUGUAUGUGCUCAAAUGACCAAAAAAAGCCAGGAGGGUUCACAUUGCUGGAGGCUGACCUGCAGGAUGGGAAAGGGUGCCCUGAGCAGCAAUUUUCUGGGUUUCAGCUGUUAACUUCCUGUGUCUCGUGUAUUCUUACCUAUGUGCCAAGUAUUACGUAGUCUAAAAAGCUGACUAGACCUGAUAUGCACUGAAACCUCACCACCACAACAGUAGCAGGAUACAAACUGCCUGGGUGCACAGGGGUUCUCCAAGACAGGCCGCAAAGCAAGUCACAGUAGAGAUCAACACCCUCAAAAUUAGCUUCUCAGACCACAAUGAAGUGAAACUAGAAGUCAACAGCGAAGAGAACACUGGAAAGUUCACAAAUAUGUGCAGAUUAACACACUUUAGCAAGCAAAAGGCCAAGAAAGAAAUCCCAAGGGAAAUUAGAAAAUCAAGAUGAAUAAACACAAAAACACCAUAUCAAAACUUAGGAUGCAGCAUAAACAGUACUACGGGGGAAAUAUACAGCCGAAUGCCCACACAAAAUCAGUUAUGACACCACACCUUGAAGAACUUGAAGAAGAGCAAAGAACCCAAAGGUAACGGAAGGAAAUAACUACAGCAGAUAGAGGACAGAACAAGAAAUCAACAUAAAACUUUGUUCUUUAACCUUUCAAUUGACCAGAAAGAGGAUGGAAGUAAUGGGAAUCAGUAGUGAAGGGGGAGAGGAGGAUACCGCCAAUUUCACAAAAGGAUGGUAAAAUACCAUGAAAAACUAUGACAAUAGGAGUCAGCAGAUAGCUGAGCAGUUGAGUUGCUGGACUCCCACAUGGCUGACUGCACUUCAAGUCCUGGACCUGGUAGCUUGAAAAUCAUGCCGGGUGCAUGUGUGAGUGUGCCUGAGAUCCUAGGAGAAUGGAGGAGAAGGGAUUACCGAUGAUUUCUCACUGUCUCUGUGGCAAGAGCACGUGCCCUAAGGCAACAACCUCUUUAAAAAAAAAAAAAAGACUAUGACAAUAAAUUAGCCAAGAUGGAAGACAAAUGACCAUAACUGACCCAAAAA